AGUAUUUUAAUUUUUUUCUCCUUAAUUCGAAUCCCAAUCUCUGAACAGAUUUUGAGCAGAAGGGAAACGGAGAUGAGUGAAAGAGCAGUACCCAGAAGGGAGAGUCCAUGGGGUUUACCAGAAGGAGACACAAGACAGCCAAAGCCUCACCGAUGCAACGACCGUGCUGAGGAUGUCAUCCAAGCAUGUUUUGAAGGGAACCCAUUCAAAACAGUUCCUGGUCCUUUCAAGUUGUUCUGGCAGUGUAUGCGCUCUAAGCCUGGGGAAGAGCCCACAGAGCCAUUCACUUAUCUGCAGUUAGAUCCACCGAAGAGGGAAGUAAAACUUGAGUGAAGCGUCUUCUAAACUCAAGUCGAUAUUAGAGUCUUUUCCUUCCUGUGCCCCAAUCCUUGUCUAUGACAAGGUUUCUGUACCAAAAAUACUGAAUACAAUAUUGUCUUGUUUCUAUUAUCAGUAAAGUGUCAUUUUCACAAUUUUGAGCAAUAAAGAUUCCCAGUAUCAACUAGUGUUUCA